UAUCUAAAAUUUGUGAAUCAAAAGAAAAAAAUAAUUAAGAAUUACAAAAUUUAACUUUGUAGUGUUUGUCAGACUAAUCUUUGCACACCGGAGCUAGCAAAAGUAAAAAUGGCCUCGAUCGUCAGGCAGCUGGGGCUUCAAUCAAGCCGACAUCAUGUGGCGCCGGCCGUGUCCACUGCCUGCGGUCACGCCAGCUACAGCACUGACGUGAAGCCCCUUUCAUCAACCAGGCUCACAGCAAUGAAAAGAGGAACCGGCGGUCGGUCAAGCUUCAAUGGAAUCGUGGCCACCGUCUUUGGCAACAGUGGCUUCCUUGGUCGAUACCUCUGCAACAAAUUAGGCAAAAUUGGCACUCAGUUGAUUUUGCCGUACCGCUGCGACCACUAUGACGUUCUUCGUCUUCGUCUGGUUGGAGACCUGGGCCAAGUGCUCUUCAUGCCCUAUGACAUCAGGGAUGAUGCGUCCAUCAAAAAGGCAAUGAAGUACUCAAACGUCGUCAUCAAUCUGAUUGGUCGCGACUGGGAAACAAAAAACUUCAAGUUCGAGGACAUUUACAUUGACGGUCCAGCCAGGAUUGCACGUUUGGCCAAGGAGAGUGGAAUCGAAAAAUUCAUCCAUGUGUCCAACAUUAGUGCUGAAGAGUUCCCUGAGCCUCUUCUUCUGUCUGGAGGAUCAAAAAUCUUGAAGACGAAGUUUAUUGGUGAGCAAGUCGUCAGAGACAUUUUCCCAGAUGCUGUCAUUUUCAGGCCAUCAGACAUGUAUGGAAGUGAAGAUAGAUUUUUGAGGAGCUACGCAAAUGUGUGGCGCCGUCAGUAUCGUGCAAUUCCUCUUUGGAGGAAAGGAGAGGCCACCAUCAAGCAGCCAGUAUUUGUUAGUGAUGUUGCUGCUGGAAUCGUUGCUGCCAUUAAGAACCCUGAUGUGGCAGGAAAAACCUACUGCGCUGUUGGCCCAAAAAGGUAUCAAUUGUCCGAGUUAGUUGACUGGUUCUUCAGGGUAAUGAGAAGAGGCCCUGACUCCGGCUACUUCAGAUAUGACAUGAGAUUUGACCCUUUUUUCAAACUGAAAGUCACCCUCACCGAAAAAGUCUGCCCCGGCUGGCCAAUUGCAUCUUUGUCGUGGGAAAAACUUGAAAAGGAUCAUGUCACUGAUGUGGUUCCCUACGGCUUACCCACUCUGGAGGACUUGGGUGUCACCCUCACACACAUGGAGGAUCAGGUGCCAUGGGAACUGAAGCCGUUCAGAGCCAAUGCUUACUAUGAUGAGGAAUUAGGCGAGUUUGAAAAGCCAGCACCGCCCAAAUUCAUUCCCAACACCAUCUAAAAUUAUAUUCGGCUGCAAUGCUGAGUAGGAUUUGAAUGUAAAUAGAUUGUUAACUGUUUCUAAGAUCCGAAAAUACAGAAGUCCCUAUCUGACAAAAUUUUA